AGUCUUUGUUCGGGGCUGUCCAAAGGACGCUAGCUGUUGCACCUGUUCCUCCCUGCGCGUAAGGAGUGUCUCUGAGGCAGGAUUCUAAGAGAUUCUCUUUGACUCAAUCCCAUAUAGAGGAUAAAUCUCCUGGCAAAGCCCAGAAUGACCACAGCCCUGGAACCUGAGGACCAAAAAGGACUUCUGAUAAUUAAGGCAGAGGACCAUUACUGGCGACAGGAUUCCAGCUCACAAAAGUGCAGUCCUCACAGGAGGGAACUCUAUAGACAACACUUCAGGAAGCUCUGCUAUCAGGAUGCACCUGGACCCCGUGAAGCUCUUACCCAGCUGUGGGAGCUCUGCCGUCAGUGGCUGAGGCCAGAAUGCCACACCAAGGAGCAGAUUUUAGACCUGCUGGUGCUAGAACAGUUCCUGAGCAUUCUUCCUAAAGACCUGCAAGCAUGGGUGCAUGCACACCAUCCAGAGACUGGAGAGGAGGCAGUGACGGUACUGGAGGAUCUGGAGAGAGAGCUUGAUGAACCUGGAAAGCAGGUCCCAGGCAAUUCAGAAAGACAGGACAUACUCAUGGACAAGUUGGCCCCCUUGGGAAGGCCAUAUGAAUCACUGACUGUCCAGCUCCAUCCCAAAAAGACCCAGCUGGAGCAGGAAGCUGGGAAACCACAAAGGAAUGGCUGUUUGCUUCUCAAACAUAGAAUAGGACCUGUUUGUGUACUGUUUGUUUGUUACAGGUGAUAAAACUAGGACUAAGAAUGAAGAGUUGUUCCAGAGGGAAGAUAUGCCCAAAGACAAGGAAUUCCUUGGGGAGAUAAAUGACAGACUGAACAAAGAUACUCCUCAGCAUCCUAAGUCCAAAGAUAUUAUUGAAAAUGAGGGCAGAUCAGAAUGGCAACAGAGGGAAAGAAGACAAUAUAAAUGUGAUGAAUGUGGGAAAAGUUUCAGUCAUAGCUCAGACCUUAGUAAACACAGGAGAACUCACACGGGAGAGAAGCCCUAUAAAUGUGAUGAGUGUGGAAAAGCCUUCAUUCAGCGCUCACAUCUCAUUGGACAUCAUAGAGUACACACGGGAGUAAAACCCUAUAAAUGUAAAGAAUGUGGGAAAGACUUCAGUGGGCGCACAGGUCUUAUUCAGCAUCAGAGAAUCCACACAGGUGAAAAACCCUAUGAAUGUGAUGAGUGUGGAAGGCCUUUCCGAGUAAGUUCAGCUCUUAUUAGACAUCAAAGAAUUCAUACUGCAAAUAAACUCUACUAAUAUAGUAGUAAUAUCAAAAGUUCUUUAGACACUCAGGCCUAACUAGUUAUCAAAGAAUCUAUUUUAGAAACCUUGAGUUUCCUCAAUGUGGUCAAAGCUUCAGUCAUCAUUAAACUUCUCUGGACCAAAGAA